CGCACGCAGGGUUACGAAAAAAGAGUUACGAAAGUUCUUGCCAGUCACACUGGAUAAUGCCUUUCAUCCGUCUUAUUUCCCUGCAGAUGCUUUAGAGAUCCACACCGAACGACGGCUCUUUGCGGACAUUCAGAGGAAUCAUGUUGGGAUCAGUGGUUGUGGGAAUAGGCAUUGCAGGAUGUGUGAGAAUGAGAGAUUUGCUCGCUCCUCUGCCGUCCAGCGCUGCUGAGAAGUUUAGCAUUAAAGGUUUUGUGUCCAGGAGGACUCUUGAAGAUCAGCAGGGUGUGAAGCAGAUCUCAGUGACGGAGGCGCUGAGCAGAGAUGACAUCCAUGUGGCGUUUAUAUGCACUGAAAACACCAGCCAUGAAGAGCACAUCAGGCAGUUUCUGGAGGCGGGGAGGCAUGUGUGUGUUGAAUAUCCCAUGACCCUCAGCUACACGUCUGCAGUGGAUCUGUGGAAUCUGGCUCAGCAGAAGGGCCUGGUGCUACAUGAAGAACACAUCGAACUCUUCACUCCUGACUUUAAACAGCUAAAAAAAGACAUAGCUGGGAAAACACUGGAGGAGGGAACACUGCACUUCACAGGUGGACCCCUGAAAUCAGAUUUUGGCUUCCCGUCUUUCAGCGGUAUUGCCAGACUGACCUGGUUGGUUGAUCUUUUCGGGGAGCUCACGGUUACUGCGGCAUCUCUGGUGGAGGAGAAAGAGAACAAAUACAUGAAGAUGACAGCACGCUUUCUGACCCGACAGCAGAAACCUCUAACUUGGAUUGAAGAGCAUGGUCCAGGACUGGGCAGAGCCAAACACAUACACUUUCGUUUUCAGGACGCCACCAUCACAGAGCUUCCUGCAGGCCAGAGGGAGCCGGUCGGUCUGUUCAUGCAGGAUCUGGUUCUGUUCGGCCGGAAGCUGCAGGGUGAAGUGUCUGCCGCCGAGCUCCAGGAAGAAAGGAGCAGGAUCUUACACUGCCUGCAGCUGGCAGACCGCAUUCAACAGCUCAGCGAAAACACUCAGGCCUGAACCUCAACCUGAACCUCUCCACACUGCAGGUUUACAAAAUAACCCACUGACUGAUAACUAGAGUGGAAAAUCAUAUUGAAGUAAAUAUAUAGAUUUUUUUUCAUUUUACAUUUUUUAACAGUAAUGUGUUUGCUGAUGAGUUGCAUUUUAUGGUAUUUCGUUUCGGCCAAGGGAUAACAAAUAAGAAAUCUAAUUGCAACUUUUUAUUUCAUAAUUCUGAGUUUAUGCCAGAAGAAUGUCAGAAUUUUGAGAUAAAAUGAUUUGGUAUAUUUUUGUUUCUUAUCCCAUGGUAGAAACCAGCUUUGACAGCUUUGAAGCUCUAAAAAGGACAAAAAAAUCAACCAUAAAAGCAUGACUUCAAGUUAGUUCUAUUCUUCACAAAAAUGACUGAAUUUAUUAUAUUCUAUUUGUCCUUUUUAGACCAAAACUGAGAUUUUUUUUUUUUUUUAGUCUUGAAAUUGCAGUGAUUAAAAACAGGUAAUGUAAUACUUGUGUGAAAUCAAAAGUUUACAAUUUUUGAUUUGGAAAUGUAUCUAACAGUUUUGCUUAGCUUGUGGGCCGCACCAGGAUAUGCAGUAACAGCACAUUCCUUUGUUGUAUUAAUUAAUAACUAGUUAUUGAUUAACGUAACAUGGCCACAUUAUUAUUUAACAGAAAGGGACGAUUCCUGCUCGCCACUUGUUUUUUAACUUUUGAAAAUCAGUUGUGACUGCACCAAUGUUCAAAUACAAAUUUGAACCGAUUGUGAUUUUGGUCAUUGGUGUCCAUACAGGCUGGAGCAUUGCAAAAUAUUAUGCACUGUUUGGUUUGAUAUUACGUCAUUAUCAUAUUUACAUUACUCUGGUGACAUUAUGUAGUUAUGUGGAAACUGGAUGAGCUCUGUAAGCCAAAAGCAAAAUUCUAUUGUUCAUGCUGUGGUGCAAUUUUGUUUUUUGUUUUUUUUAUAAUUUUUUUCCCAUCUGUAUUCUCUCUAGCAAAGCACUGAAUGGAGCAAAAAUGCACAUAUCAUAGUCUGAGAAACACAGAAAGAGAAAGAAAUGUUUUGUUUUCUAAAAAUUAUUCAUUGUUUACUUUUAUUUUUGUUUACAAAUGUAUUUUUUUGUGUUUACAUGUGUGUUUUUCACUUAAUAAAUGAAUUGUGCCUGCUUUA